AUGACGAGCAUGUUCCAGCCCGCACCGGAGCCCGCGACCGAGCUCGGUCGCUACCGCGUCCUCUCGAGCACGGCCGGCGUCCGCGUUUCCCCCCUGUGCCUCGGCGCCAUGUCGAUCGGCGAGGCAUGGAGCGAGAACAUGGGCUCCAUGGACAAGGAGCAGUCCUUCAAGCUCCUUGACGCCUUCCACGAUGCCGGCGGCAACUUCAUCGACACAGCCAACAACUACCAGAACGAGGACUCGGAAACGUUCAUCGGCUCCUGGAUGAAGGAGCGCGACAACCGCGACCUCAUGUUCAUCGCCACCAAGUUCACCACCGACUACCGCUCAUGGGCGCUCGGCAAGGGCAAGACGGUCAACUUUAGCGGCAACCACAAGAAGUCGCUGCACAUGUCGGUGCGCGACUCGCUGCGCAAGCUGCAGACAGACUACAUUGACCUCCUGGCAAGGUCCCUCUACCUCGGCGCCUCGGACACGCCGGCCUGGGUCGUGUCGGCCGCCAACACAUACGCGCGCGCCCACGGCAAGACGCCCUUCUCCAUCUACCAGGGCAGGUGGAAUGUACUGCUGCGCGACUUUGAGCGCGACAUCAUCCCCAUGGCCCACCACUUUGGCAUGGCCCUCUGCCCGUGGGACGUCCUGGGCGGCGGCAAGUUCCAAAGCAAGAAGCAGAUCGAUGCGCGCGCCAAGGCUGGUGAGGGCUUGCGUAGCUUCUUUGGCGCCGAGCAGACGGACAUUGAGCGUCGGAUCAGCGAGGCACUCGAAGAGGUGGCUACGGAGCAUAGCACCGAGUCCGUCCAGGCGAUUGCGCUCGCGUACGUAUUGCAGAAGACGAGACAUGUCUUCCCCAUGAUUGGCGGCAGGAAGGUUGAGCACUUGAAGGACAACAUCACAGCUCUCAGUAUUCGCUUGACCGAUGAACAGAUUGCCAAGCUGGAAAGCGUCAAAGAAUUCGAGCUCGGCUUCCCUUCAAACAUGAUCGGCCAGGACGCAAGAGAGACUGGUGUGGCGCCUAUGCUCGUUGGUGCCGUUGCGCCCAUGGCAUGGGAGCAAGCCCCGAAGCCAAUCUCAAAGGCUUGA